AUGGUUCUUGUUCAAGUUGUUAGCUUUUGGGAUAAGUUUUCUCCUUUCUAUAGUGAUGUGAAAACAACGCAAGCAAACCAUUUCGAGGGUCGUCACUCAACUACUGAAUCUGUAUUUGGCUAUGAAUCUGGUACUCAUUUAGAGUGUUUCAAGAGGAAGAGGACGAGGAAUGCAUGGCUAGAGAUGGAUGGAGGGAGUUCACAGGAAGGGAGGGAAGUCACAGAAAGGGAGAGAGGGCAACGGAUGGAGGCUGGUGGUGUACUCUUGCUGUUGUACUUUAAUUUAACUCACUGGUUUCUUAAACUCACUGGUUCUUGUUUCUAUAUGAAAUGUGGCUGUAUGGAGAAUAGGGAAAAUAAAACAUUGACAAGUUUUUGCUAUUGGGGCGGAGAACGGAAGGUAAAUGCCAAUGGCACCUUCUUGUACAACGGUGGGAUGUGUGUAGCAGUUCUACUUGAGGAAGGAAGUCAACUCAAUGAGUUACGUGAGAAGGUUUGUGGUGCCCUUCACAUUAAUUUCGAAGGUAAAAUGUUUUUCUACAACACGAAGAGGGACAAGACGAAGUAUGUAACAUUGAAUGACGACAAUGGUGUUGCAAUGUUGUUCCACUUGAACGAAGAUGAUGUCGACUUAUUUGUAGAAGAUUUAGGCCAGAAUAAUGACCCUAUCCACAAUACCGCUUACAAUUCAACAAGUCAGGUGACCAAUAGUUGUAGCCAAGAAAUGGGGUUGGUGCCAUACUUGCCGGACAAUGCAAAUGAGAUUUUAACUGGGAAGGGUCAACUAUUUGAAAGCCCCGACCUUUUCAAGCAAUCAGUGUUACUAUUUGCUGCAUCCAACAAGUUCAGCUUCACUUAUUUGGAUAAUAGUAGAGCCUACUAUCGAUUAGUAUGUAAAGUACCAGGGUGUCCUUGGAAGCUAACUGCAAAAUGUGAAGGUUCAAGUGAUUUGGUUCGUGUCAUCAUGUUAAGGAAUGAGCACCUACACAAUGCAGAAGAUGCUAGUAAUUAUAAGUUGACCUUUCGCAGUAAACAAGUGGGGUUGCUUUUCAAAAACCGAAUUGUGGACAAGCCUGAAUAUUUGCCGAGGGAUAUUUGCAAGGACUUUGAGCAUGUGUUCCAAUGUCGUCUGAAUUACAGUCAAGGUUGGAGGGCGAAAGAAAAGGCUAAGGAAGCCAUCACAGGACCUCCUUCGAUGACUUUCCACCUAGUCCCAUGGAUGUGUCGGCGGCUUGUUGAAGCCAUACCAAACACUAGGGCAAUAUGGACGUCAACAAAUGAAGCCAAGUUCAAGCAACUUUUUGUUUCUUAUGGUUGCUCCAUUGCAGCAUUCCGAUCAGCCGCAUCCGGCCCACACAUGGAUGCCUAG